GUUUGUGGACUAAUCAAUUUGUGUUCACUCAUUUCUUGCCAUCUGAUCUUUGUUGGAUGAGUACAAAGAGAGUAUAAAUAAGAUACUUCACCCUUGUAUGGAAUCAACUGGAAGCUGCAAACCAUGGAGAAUACACUCCCUCUUCAUGCUUGCCAGUUCCACAAACUCCUUAGUCUCUUCAAUAGGGCACAUUUAUUCAUUCACUCCACUGCUCUAGCUUGCUUGAUAUACUACAGAGCUUUUUAUCUUUUCCAAGACCCAGAAACAAGAACAGCUCCUAUCUUACCAUGGCUUCUAGUAUUUGCUUCAGAGAUGUUACUCUCCUUUGAUUGGUUACUCAGCCAAGCUUUCCGCUGGCGCUCCGUUUCUCGAACUGUUUUUCCAGAGAGAUUGCCUAGCGACGAUAAGUUACCGGCAAUUGAUGUAAUUAUAUGCACAGCUGAUCCGGAUAAGGAGCCUACUGUGGAUGUGAUGAACACUGUUUUAUCGGCUAUGGCACUUGAUUACCCUCCAGAGAAGUUGAAUGUGUAUCUCUCUGAUGAUUCGGGUUCGGAUAUUACUUUGCAUGGUAUGAAGGAAGCAUGGAAGUUUGGUAGGUGGUGGGUUCCGUUCUGCAAGAAGUAUGGAAUCAAGACAGGGUGCCCUGAAGCUUACUUUUAUGGUGGAAAUGAUGAAAAUAGUUCUUCUGAGUUUAUGGCAGACAAGGAAAAGAUACAUGAAAAAUACGAGAUUUUUAAGCAACGUGUAAAAACAGCUAAAGGAAAUCACAAGGUUGCCAGCACAAGCAAUCGCGAUCACUCUGCCAUUGUAGAGGUGAUAUAUGAAAAUUCUGAUGAGGGAGCGCAAGAAGAUGAGCGAGUUAAGAUGCCUCUCCUCAUUUACGUUGCUCGGGAGAAAAGGCCUGCUUAUCCACACCGUUUCAAAGCUGGAGCGCUGAACGUUCUUCUUCGGGUGUCUGGAUUGAUAAGCAAUUCCCCCUAUAUUCUACUGCUAGACUGUGACAUGUACUGCAAUGACCCAGCCUCUGCGAGGCUAGCAAUGUGCUUCCACUGUGAUUCCCAGAUCUCACCUUCACUAGCAUUUGUUCAGUUUCCUCAGAAAUUCCACAAUAUAAGUAAAAACGACAUAUACGACAGUCAGUAUAGAUAUGUAUUCACAACAUUAUGGUAUGGUGCUGAUGGGCUGAAGGGGCCGAUCAUGUCAGGAACGAACUUUUAUAUUAAGCGGGCAUCGUUAUAUGGAAAAUCCAUGCCAAAAGACCUUGCUGAGCUGAGGAUUUCUUUUGGGUCAUCCAAUGAGUUCAUCAAAUCAGUUCAUCAAGACUACAAGCCUAGAAUAAGUAACAGUGAGGAACUUCCAAGCCCAGUACUGCAAAAGGAAACCAAAGUUUUGUGCUCAUGCACCUAUGAAAAUCACACAAAAUGGGGUAAAGAGGUAGGGUUUAUGUAUGGUUCAGUGGUGGAAGAUUACUUGACAGGGUUCAUCCUACACAGUAGAGGCUGGAGAUCAGUUUACCUUGACCCAUCAAGACCCCAAUUUUUGGGCAGUUCAACUACAAAUUUAAAUGACCUUGUGGUUCAAGGAACAAGAUGGUCCGCUGGGUUGAUUGACGUCGCUCUCUCUCGAUUCUGCCCUUUUAUAUAUGGACUGCUACGCAUGCCUUUUCUUCAGAGCAUGUUGUAUGCACAACUUGCUUUCUGGCCUCUUUUUCAAUCCUUGCCUGCAUUGUGCUUAGCCACAAUUCCUCAAUUGUGCCUAUUGAAUGGUAUCCCUAUAUAUCCACAGGUUUCAAGUGCAUUCUUUGGCAUAUUCUUGUUCAAUUUUGUAUCAGUCCUUUCGAAACAUUUGUUGGAGAUCAUUGUCAGUGCCAGUGGAAACUCGAUCAGGACAUGGAUUAAUGAACAGAGGAUAUUCAUGAUCAGGGCAGUUACAUGCAAUUUGAAUGGAAGUUUGGAUUCUGUAAUGAAGAAAAUUGGUGUAAGAGAAGCCAGUUUCAUGCUGACCAAUAAAGUCGUGGACGAUGAACAAGUUACUCGGUAUCAAAUGGGGAUUUUUGAUUUCCAAACAUCAAAUAUUUUUCUGGUUCCAUUGGUUACGCUAGUUACUUUGAAUAUACUGUCAUUCUUUGGGGGAGUCAUCAGAAUGAUUGUUUUCAAGGGCACGGGCAGGAACGCCAUAUUUCUGCAAGUUAUUCUGUCGCUUUACAUCUCGGUAGUUAAUUACCCUGUGAUUGAAGGGAUGGUUGUAAGGAAGGACAGAGGUCGUGUCCCAUUGUCCGUAACCUUAUUAUCUGCCACAUUUUCGUCGAUUUUCUUGGUGUUAGGUUCUUUUAUUAUUAUGUAUUAAGUAGGUGAUCUUUGUGGACAAGGAAUGUCCGGGUCCCUUUCGUCCUGUAACUAGUCUGUACGUGUGACUGGUUUUAUCAUUCAUGGAUUACGGUCAGUUGUGUUGGAGAAUGAUUGGAUUGAUUGAUAAUAACUUGCCUUUUCUUCAU